UUACUUCUACUGUCUACUGAAAAAAUCCAAAAAUCCUCACUCUCUCUCUCUCUCUCUCUGUCGGUGUGAUUUUCGAUGCAAUAAUUAAAUUCAUUCCAACAAAUAUUUCUUCAAUAAUAAUCUUCUUUCCUUACUUCCCUACAUUACUCUCUGUCCCCUAUUCCUCUUCUAUCUAACUCUCUCUCUUUGGGGGAAGGUCGGCUACAUUGGACUGCCGACACUAUUUUACACUGAAUAUUCUUUCUUUGAGUUUCUGGAUCUUAAUCUAUCCUUAAUCUUAUUGGGGUUAAUGAGGAUUGAUUGAAUUCAUCUGGGUUUUUUUAGAUCUUGCUUCUGAUUACAGAUUCAGUGAUAAUGGAGGAAUCAGAACAUGGGCUUAAAUAUGGAAACCAGAUAGGUGAACAAGUCUGUCAGAUCUGUAGUGAUAAAAUUGGCACAAAUGUAGAUGGAGAGCCUUUUGUUGCCUGUGAUGUUUGUGCCUUCCCUGUUUGUCGUCCUUGUUACGAGUAUGAGCGGAAAGAUGGCAAUCAAUCUUGUCCACAAUGCAAGACAAGAUACAAGCGGCUAAAAGGUAGUCCUGCAAUUCACGGGGACAAGGUUGAAGGUUAUGAUGUUGACGAUUUCAGUGACAUCAAUGAGCCAACGGGUAAUGCAAUCUCGAAGAAGCCUCAGGAGAGAAUGCUUGGUUGGCAUAUGAACAAUGGACAAUCAGGGGAGCUUGGUCCCCCUAGCUAUGAUAAAGAGGUUCCUAUGAGCCAUAUUCCUCGGCUGCCAAGUGGGCGCACGAUUUCUGGAGACCUAUCAGCUGCAUCCCCGGAACGUUACUCCAUGCCUUCGCCUGGAGCCAGCACCGGAGCAAAUAUUAGAUUGUCAAGGGAAUUCGCUUCUCCUGGAUUUGGAAAUGUAGCUUGGAAAGAAAGGAUUGAUGGUUGGAAAAUGAAGCAAGAGAAGAGUACAGGUCCUCCAAGUGUUAGUCAUGCACCUUCCGAGGGAAGGUUUGCUCAUGAUUUGGACGCUAGCACUGAUAUUGCUAUGGACGACCCACUAUUAAAUGAUGAAACUCGCCAACCGUUGUCAAGGAAGGUUCCCAUUCCUUCAUCCAGAAUUAACCCAUAUAGGAUGGUGAUCGUUCUGCGACUUGCUGUUCUUGGUCUUUUCUUGCACUACCGUAUUACAAACCCAGUGCCAAAUGCCUAUCCUUUGUGGUUGAUUUCCGUCAUUUGUGAGAUAUGGUUUGCAAUAUCUUGGAUUCUGGAUCAGUUUCCUAAGUGGCUUCCUAUCAAUCGUGAAACUUAUCUUGACAGGCUGUCACUCAGGUAUGAUCGUGAAGGGGAACCAUCACAGCUGGCCGCCGUUGAUAUUUUCGUCAGUACUGUGGACCCGUUGAAGGAACCUCCUCUUGUCACUGCCAAUACUGUGCUAUCCAUUCUUGCAGUUGACUAUCCUGUUGACAAAGUUUCUUGCUACGUCUCUGACGAUGGAGCAGCUAUGCUGACAUUUGAAGCUCUUUCGGAGACAUCAGAAUUUGCAAGAAAAUGGGUUCCUUUCUGUAAAAAAUAUGAAAUUGAGCCACGAGCUCCAGAAUGGUAUUUUGCUCAAAAGAUCGACUACCUCAAAGAUAAAGUUCAGACUACUUUUGUGAAAGAUCGCAGGGCUAUGAAGAGAGAAUAUGAAGAGUUUAAAAUCCGUAUCAAUGGCCUCGUUGCCAAGGCACAAAAGGUCCCAGAGGAAGGAUGGGUCAUGCAAGAUGGGACUCCUUGGCCUGGAAACAAUACCAGGGACCAUCCAGGAAUGAUACAGGUUUUCUUAGGCCAGAGUGGAGGACUUGAUACAGAAGGUAAUGAACUUCCACGUUUGGUUUAUGUAUCUCGUGAGAAACGUCCUGGGUUUCAGCAUCACAAAAAAGCCGGUGCUAUGAAUGCUCUUGUUCGUGUCUCAGCCGUGCUCACAAAUGGUCCAUUUCUAUUGAAUCUUGAUUGUGAUCAUUACAUAAACAAUAGUAAAGCUUUGAGGGAAGCUAUGUGCUUUAUGAUGGAUCCAAACCUCGGGAAAUAUGUUUGCUAUGUCCAAUUUCCACAAAGGUUCGAUGGAAUUGAUAAAAAUGAUAGAUAUGCUAACCGUAACACUGUCUUCUUCGAUAUCAACUUGAGAGGUUUGGACGGUAUCCAAGGUCCUGUUUAUGUGGGUACAGGAUGUGUCUUCAACAGAACAGCUUUAUAUGGUUAUGAGCCUCCUGUUAAGCCAAAGCCCAAGAAGAAAGGAAUUUUCUCUUCGUGUUUUGGUGGUUCUAGAAAGAAAUCAAGCAAAAAAGACUCCAAAAAGAAAGCGAAUAAACAUGCCGACCCUACCAUACCAAUUUUCAAUCUGGAAGAUAUCGAGGAAGGUGUUGAAGGUGCUGGAUUUGAUGAUGAGAAGUCACUACUUAUGUCUCAAAUGAGCUUGGAGAAAAGGUUCGGUCAGUCGGAAGUAUUUGUGGCUUCUACUCUGAUGGAAAAUGGAGGUGUUCCACAGUCUGCAACUCCUGACACCCUCUUGAAAGAAGCUAUUCACGUUAUCAGUUGUGGGUACGAGGACAAGACCGAGUGGGGAGCUGAAAUCGGCUGGAUUUAUGGUUCCGUUACAGAAGAUAUUCUUACAGGAUUUAAGAUGCACGCUAGGGGAUGGCGAUCAAUCUAUUGUAUACCUAAGCGUCCAGCUUUUAAGGGAUCUGCUCCUAUCAACUUGUCUGAUCGUUUGAAUCAGGUGCUUCGGUGGGCUUUAGGUUCCGUUGAAAUUCUUUUCAGUCGUCACUGUCCCUUGUGGUAUGGUUAUGGUGGACGGUUGAAAUGGCUCGAGAGAUUUGCUUAUGUCAACACCACAAUUUACCCACUCACAUCUAUUCCCCUUCUUGCAUAUUGUACCUUACCAGCUGUCUGUCUCCUUACUGGAAAGUUCAUUAUUCCACAGAUUAGUAACUUGGCUAGUAUUUGGUUUUUGUCGCUCUUUCUUUCCAUCUUUGCCACCGGUAUACUAGAAAUGAGAUGGAGUGGUGUGGGGAUCGAUGAAUGGUGGAGAAAUGAGCAAUUUUGGGUUAUUGGAGGAGUUUCCGCCCAUUUAUUCGCUGUUUUCCAAGGUUUGCUCAAAGUUCUUGCUGGAAUCGAUACCAACUUUACCGUCACUUCCAAAGCAUCAGACGAAGAUGGGGAUUUUGCUGAGCUUUACAUGUUCAAAUGGACAACUCUACUCAUCCCACCAACUACUCUUCUCAUCAUAAACCUCGUCGGAGUGGUUGCUGGAAUCUCCUAUGCUAUCAACAGUGGAUACCAAUCCUGGGGUCCUCUCUUCGGUAAACUGUUCUUCGCAUUUUGGGUGAUCAUCCAUCUUUAUCCUUUCCUCAAGGGUCUCAUGGGACGCCAGAACCGAACUCCUACCAUCGUUGUUGUUUGGUCUAUUCUCCUUGCGUCCAUCUUCUCCUUAUUAUGGGUUAGGGUUGAUCCGUUUACCACCCGAGUGACUGGUCCUGACAUUGAACAAUGCGGAAUAAAUUGCUAGACUGGUUCGAUAUCAUGUCGGAGUUAUUGGUCAUUGGAUCUAAAUUUGCCAUCGAUAUGCCUGAAGUUAUUAUAUGUAUAGACUGUUUUGAGCACAUAUAUUAUAGCCUCCCGUUUUUGCGUACCGAGCAGUUAAGUGUAUUAUUAGGAAAUUAGCCGCCUCUUUUCAUAGUUGAUAAAUUAUUGUAUUUGUAUGAUUUUGGCCAUUAGGAGCUAAGAAGCCAUGGAGUUUUAGUAGUAUAUUUUUUUAAUUUUUUUCAUCACAGUAAAAUUUAAAUACCAGUUUCCUGAUGGUCUCUGUUGUACUGUAUACUACACUUGAGUAUAUGAUUGUAUGAAAUUGUUUAUCUUUAAGAUUAA